AUGGCCACACCAAAAUUAAACAAGGAAUUAUACUACAAUAUAGUUCGACUAAAAUUAUUAAACGCAACUACUUCAGAUCCCAAGUUUAUACUUGAUCAAUCACCAUUUAAGGAAGAUAGUGAUGAACAAGAUACAGAUGCUUCCGCAAUUCUAACAGAAAUCUUGAUUAUUGGACGAAUUUUUCCAGAAUCCGAAACAUUUAGGGAAGGUGCAUUUCAAAUUGAAAUGAAAAUAACACCAAAUUUUCCAUUUGACCCACCAGAAGUACGUUUUCUUACUCCAAUUUAUCAUCCAAAUGUUGAUAAAGAUGGAAAAUUUUGCAAUGAGUUGUUAAAAAAAGAAGCUAAAUGGUCAAAUAAAAUGACUUUAGUUGAUGUUGUUAAAACUGUUGUACAACAUAUCGACAAGCCUGAUAUUGAUCAUUCACUUAGUCCUGAACUCGGUCACGAAUAUAUCGAAAAUCGACCUGAAUUCAACCGUAAAGCAUUGGAAUAUGUCCGAAAACAUGCUUUGCCACGCAACUGA